AUGGAAACAUCAAAUAGCUGGAAACUUAGAGAUCUGAUUUGUGUUCUUAUAUCUGUGCCUGUAUCAUUAGUAAUAUGGAUUUUAGGAAAGAGCUUUUCGACAUUUUCCAAUAGUAACGCUUUGACAUACAUGACUUUAGACUUUUCAUUGACACCUUUACGUUCGUUUCUAUCGACUCUGUUUCCGUUCCUAUUUAUGGUCUAUGGAUAUAAGAAGCGAUCAGUUAAUAGAAGUGGAGCAAUUUUUGGAAUUAUUGUGGCUUUAUUGUUGACAUUUGCAUCACCUAUUUACCUUAUUGUCUUGGCUGCAUUCUUCUUUAGCAGUUCUAAGGCAACCAAGUAUAAGCAGGAUUUUAAGAAAAAGAUUGAGAAAGAUUUUAAAGUUGGUGGACAAAGGAACUGGGUGCAAGUGCUGUGCAAUGGAGGUGUUGGCGGGUUUAUAGCACUAGCUCAUUUAUUGGAACUAGGAGUUGGAGAGAGACCUAUUGACUUUUUAAAUAAUUAUUAUGCAUCAUUACUCGGCAUAUCUGUUAUGUCAUCAUUUGCAUGUGUUAACGGUGAUACAUGGGCUUCUGAAUUAGGCAUAUUGUCAAGAACAGAUCCAGUAUUAAUUACAGAUUUAAGCAAGAAAGUGCCAAAAGGAACUAACGGAGGUGUCUCAAAAUGGGGCUUAUUUGUCAGCUUUGCUGGUGGAAUUUUUAUUGGAUUAUUUUAUUAUAUUGCGACUUUAAUAUUCAUUGAUCGUGACUUGUUAAUUGACUGCCCACCACAAUAUCCAAUAAUUCUUUUAGGUGGCAUUGCUGGAUUUUUUGGGUCAUUAAUCGACUCACUUUUAGGUGCGACUCUUCAAUUCUCAGGUCAAACGCCAGAAGGAUAUAUUGUUGAGGAGAUAGAAGAGAAAGUUGUUAAAAUUAGUGGACGUAAGAUUCUCAACAAUCACAGCGUUAAUCUCCUGAGUUGUCUAUUCACUGCUUUAGUAAUUCCAGUCAUUGCACAACAAUUUUGGAACUUUUUUACAUUAUUUUAA